GAGAGAUUUGUGGAUUGUUCAGUGGAUUGUGGAUUGUUUACUACGUGUACAGUUUAGUUUAAACCGUAUCGCAGUUUUACUUCUUUCGAAAGCAGAAAUAAUUGGGAUUUGGCUCUGAUAUUUGAUCGUGUGAUAGCCAUCAGCGCCAUCAAAAAGCGCUCGCUGCCGGAGUACUUCAACUUAUGCAAGAAAAAUGGACACGUGUUGCUAUGCAGUUCGCUUUAUGAUGGAGAAUGUGGAACAGUCGGAUUUAGCGCAGUACAACUGGUACAAUGUCAACACUGUGUCUUCUGCAGCUGUCCUCGGUAGCUUGGAUUUGGAUGAUAUAUUUGAUAAAGACAAGGGAUUCACCGUCCAGGAGCCGUGCUUUGUGCUCCGUUCAGCUCCGGAGCCGUGUGUCGUCAUGAAAUGCUACGCAACUGAGAUGCUGAUGACAGAGGCGCACGAAGAUGGAAAACAGAAGCUGAAAGGGAAAAAAUAUUACAUCCGGCGAGCAAAGUGUGAUGACGAGCAGGACUUCGAGAAAAAACUGGCAAAAUACCGUGGGGAAACGCGUCCAGUGGUUCAGCAGGCUGUGCAGCACGUUCCACAGCCGUCCGUGGGCGUCGGCGAGCCCACAGCGUCCGCCUCCGCCCACCCGUCCGCUGGUCCGUUAGCGUUUCCGGUACCGAUGCCGGUGGAGCAGCCACUCCCUGCGCCGUGGCCUCCGGUGCAGCACGGCAACUUCGCUGUCCCACACGCUGCCCAACUGGACAUCCGCCAUCCCGGACCGCCGCCAGUGCGCGGGCAAGCGCCGGUUGGAUAUCAAGCCGUGGCUCCUGGAGUGGCGGAGGUGCGUCAGCCACAGAUGGCCAACCAGGACAUGGGCGUCCAACAGCAGGAGGACAUCGCCUUCUGGCAGGAGAAGUGGGAGACCAAGCGGCGCAUGCGGACCGGCCACCCGGAAAUACUGCAGCUCCCGCCACCGCAGCUCUUCGGCCCGCUGCAGUUUCCGCCACAGUUUCCGCCACCUUGGUUCCCACGCCCUCCGCAGCUGCCGCCACCUCCAUUCAACGGUCGGCCGCAACUGCCGCAGCCCGGCGUGGCACCGGCAGCCGGGGUGGUGCAGCCGCAGGCACCGCCGGAGGACCUGCCCUUGCAGUGGCCCUAUUGAUUGUCUAAUUUCCUCUCUGCUCUGGCCGAUAUAACUGUGCACCACCGAUCCGACGCAGAUGAUUUUCGUAGCGAAUUCUGAUUAUACUGAAUGCAUUUGCUGUUUGCAUCUUCUCUCUCCUACUUUCCCCCGACUAUUCUCCUGAUUGCCUUCCGAUGCUCACCAGUCUUGGCUUUUUGUACUUAGCACAUUCUUGUCGCUGCUUAUCAGCUGCACUGUUAUUAGCACUACUGUAAGUACUUGUUUUGAGUAUCGAGCGCUUGUUUUGCUCUCGUGAGCGCGCUUUUCUCUCGUUUUCAUGUGCAGGCUGAAUUCCUAACGAAAGCUGCUGUAGGAUUUUUGUAGCGUGAUUUGUAACAUGAUUUCUGCAAUAACUCUAUAAUUGUAAUCUCAUUUCAAUUUAGAUUCGAAACCAU